AUGGCAAGCACUGUGCAUGGCCACCGCUCCAACAGCCAGCUCCAAUCGAGCGAGUCCAGAAAUGCGGCAUUAGCUCAGGGAGCUGAGCAGCUGGAGAACGACGGCGCGCAAAACCAAGGAGAGCUCGAUGCACUCCGCAAUUACCCUCAAGAAUCAUCAGUCGAGCGCGCGGUGCCACCGAGCCUGACUCAGACGUUACAGGAAGGUAGAGAUGGAGGUCUUGGGCUGUUCGAACGAGCAAGCUCCAUCAAGGAUUCUGAUGCCUUUGGUGCAACUGAGUCGCCGCCGAAAGCCCAGUCGAAACCUUCAGACGCGUACUUCGAAAGCUACAGCAGUCUCUGCCAGCAAGAAGACCUGAUGAAGGAGAGGACAGAGGAUCUCAGCAACCUCGAGUUUCGACUUACCGAUAGGUUCGGACUGGUCCUGAGUGCCAUGCGAGCGAGUGGGUUUGCGGACUCCCUCAAAGCCGAAAUGCUGGAUGAUGCUCUCAGCGUGUCGGACGUGGUCUCUUCUACAACGAGCCCCACUGGUGUUGAUCCAAUGCUCACAGAGUACUACUCGAAGCAAGGAGAUGUCGGUAUCUUAUUGGAGAGACUCCAAGAGCUCGAGUAUACCCAUCAAGAAGGCAUGGAAACAAGAGCAUUUAUGGCGGAACGUGGGGACAACCUAGAAGUUGUUGAUGAAGAGUUUGAGCGUAAUCACCAGGACCGGAAGCAGCAGCUCCAGCUGGAACUCGAUCACGCACGUAUAGCAGCCGCCGCUUUACGAAGUCAGUGUGAGUCGAGGGGUAUCGAUGUGAACGCCAAAAGAAGAACGACGGAGCCUUCCAUGUACACUGGGAGCGUUGCCUUUGCGGGCGGCGAUGAGCUUGACAGUGAUGCCCAGUCACAGAAGAUCCGACCAGUUCGGUAUGAGCCCACGGGAUUCAAACGAACUGUGCCGCAGCACCAAUUAAUCGGGGGCUGGCUGGACAGUAUGCUGUCCCGUGGGUCGUUCGAGGACCUCCAGAGCCCGGGGCUCGAGCCCUACUUUGACACUCCUGGCACGCCGCAGUCCGAACAUCCAGCACUUCCUUGA